AUGUCUACAGGUUGCGAGAAUUCAGUCGGAAUUCUUAAGAGCAGCUUUUCGUUGUCUUCGCUGCGAUCUGCGCAGGCACCACCAAGUGGCGCCGGUGACCAGCUCGAGCGGCAUUACCACAGCCUUCCUAAAACGUUGGCGCAAGCCCUCCGCGUGAUAAAACUAACUGCACUCGUCGCCUCCUGGCUACUUCUAACCGUGUCGUUACUUCUUAACCGAGAGAAGAACGACGUUGUACUUCACACAGCAAUCGAUACUGGAGAAAUUAAAGAGUAUUUCCUGAUAUCAUCUGAGAAUGAGUUCACAGUCUCUAUCUCUAUGUCUGGACCAUUUGCCGACGCCGAUAUCAAUGACACUACCAACUUCCUUCGACUUUGGCUUCAUAGGAGUUCUGAUGAUGAACAGGACUCAACUCCAUGGACCAUCUCCCUACAGCCUGAUGACGUCAUCGACUUCUCCCCCAGCGGAGCAGAGUCUAAAACUUUAUUUCUACAGAAACAGUCUUUAAGCUCACAAGUUAUCAAAAAUACAACUGGUGUCAACUCAACAAGUAGUUCUGAUUUCACAGAAAAUAAAAAUGAUAGCUCUAUAUAUCUUCGUAUGGACACUACAAGUAACAAAACCGUGCCACUAACAGUCAGCUACCAGCUCGACCCACUUUCCGAAGAAGAUGGGAUAAUUUAUGCGGUCAUUCUGCUAUGCAUUUUAUACAUUUUGAUUAUAUUCGAAAUAGUGAACAGGACAAUAGCUGCACUCCUCUCCUCAUCCCUUGGACUGGCAGUUCUUUCACUAAGUGGAGCCAGACCCUCCCUGCCUGAGCUGGUAUCCUGGCUGGAUGUGGAAACCCUGCUGCUACUCUUCAGCAUGAUGAUCCUUGUUGCUAUACUGGCGGAAACUGGCCUAUUUGAUUAUUUAGCGGUCGUGGCUUUUGAGGUCACAGGAGGUAGAACGUGGCCUCUCAUCAACACGCUAUGUUUCUUUACGGCAAUAUUUUCAACUUUCUUAGACAAUGUUACUACGGUCCUUCUAAUGACACCGGUUACUAUACGAUUAUGCGAAGUGAUGCAACUAAAUCCUGUGCCGGUUUUGAUGUCGAUGGUGAUAUUCAGUAACGUGGGGGGAGCGGCGACCCCCGUGGGGGAUCCCCCUAACGUUAUCAUUGCUAGUCAUCCCUCAAUUUUACAUGCCAAUAUAAACUUCACGUCGUUCACUCUCCACAUGGGUUUGGGUAUUUUGUUAGUUUGCGUACAGACGUACAUACAACUAAGAUUUAUGUUUCGAGAUAUGAACAAAUUGAGGCAUAGCGUUCCCAGAGAUAUUGUUGAGAUGCGUCAAGAGAUAGGGGUUUGGAAGAGAGCAGCAGCAUCCCUCUCAUCUUACUCCCGAGAUGAAGAUAUAGUGCGGCGGGCGUUGGAAAAGAAGGUACAAAGAUUGCAAACUACACUUCUGAAACGCGAGGCCGGAAAUGGAAAAUCGAAAACCGAUCCACUGUUCUGUUCGACAUUGGCCCAAAUGAAACAAAAGUACCAAAUAAGAGAUAAACAAUUGUUAAUAAAAUCUACAAUCUGCGUCGCUUUUGUGGUGAUAGUUUUCUUCCUCCACGCCAUUCCUGAAUUACAAAGCUUGUCCCUGGGUUGGACAGCUCUGCUGGGUGCUUUACUUCUCCUACUGCUAGCAGAGAGAGAUGACCUGGAGCCGGUUUUGGCAAGAGUAGAGUGGUCCACUCUACUCUUCUUCGCGGCUUUAUUCGUUUUGAUGGAGGUGCUAUCAAAACUUGGUCUCAUCGCUUGGAUUGGCAACCUCACUGAAUCUCUCAUACUGAAAGUUGGAGAAGAAUCCAGACUUACUGUUGCACUUAUGCUUAUUUUAUGGGUGUCAGGUCUAGCCUCAGCAUUCGUAGAUAACAUUCCGCUAACAACGAUGAUGGUGAGAGUGGUGGGAGCGUUGGCAAGUUCUCUAGGGCUUCCGCUACCACCACUCGCGUGGGCUUUGAGCUUUGGUGCUUGUCUUGGUGGUAACGGUACUUUAAUAGGGGCAAGCGCAAACGUAGUGUGCGCAGGAGUAGCAGAACAGCACGGCUAUAGAUUCACUUUCAUGCAAUUUUUAAAAAUCGGUUUUCCAAUCAUGAUUGGCAAUCUAAUUGUCGCUUCCAUAUAUUUAUUGUUCUGUCACAGCCUUUUGGCUUGGCAU